AUGUCUUUAAGGCGCGAUGAUGGGCGAAGCAUAGCAGUAUGGGAGAACUCGCCAUGGCGUGCCUUCAUUCGACAACGAGAUCCUGCAGAUGCUGAGAGCCAGGCAGGAAAUGGCUCGCAGCAGUUUCGCAAUGGUCAGGACAUUUCUCAGCUCCUUUAUCAAAACAAUACGGAUGACAUUCGGGAAAUAUUUGGACGCGCGUUGGAUGCAACUCGGAGCAAUUGGAGCUAUGGACACGCAAAAUGGAACCGAAGCGGCGAUGCAAGUUCCUACGGGCUUGACGAUGACUUCUUUGACGAUGACGAUGAAGAGAGCACGACCGACACAGAAAAGGCAGAAAGUCAGCCCCAGCAAACAGAAACCUUACCCGCCUCUCCCGUGGUCCGGAACGGCAGCAUCCGCAUUGCUGCGCCCUCAUCGCGCCGGAGGCGGGGCACCGCCACUGGCAGCUGCGCUUCCGCAGAGGACUCGGACGUGCAGCAGCACGGCGGCGGCCCGGAGUGGACAGCAUCCGCCCCCCGCACCCCAGCUCGCAUGCACAUCUUAUCGCCAGGCGGUGGCAGCAGCAUCAGCGAUCCAAACUCGCAACUGGUCUGUGUGACGCGCAGCCCGCAGGGUGCCCAACCGGGCAGUCCCAUCAGCCCCUUCGCUGACGCAGGCUCACGCUCCGGCAGGGCCAGGGCGGUGACGCUCGGUGGUGGCGGCGGCGUCAGCGCCACGAUGAGCUCUAAGCUGCUGCACGUCCAAGCCGCCAGUAUGCCAGCGCGCCACAGCUUGGAAAUGAACAGCAGCCGCAAGGUAAUGUCGCCAACAGGCCCGAAUGUUUCAGGGUCGCUGCGCCGCUCCAACAGCUUUGACGAGGGCCGGCACGGCGGUGAGGCGGCAACCUCGCCGUCCGCGAGCAGGUCGACCGCAGCAGUAGUCGCAGCACAUGAACGCAGCCAGGGCAACCCGCGCGUGAUCCGUAAUCAUCGCGCGGCGACAACUACUGGUACCGUGCCUGUGGUCGCGUCGUCGUGUAGCAGCUUUCAGUACCGUACGAGUGGCGGCGGCGGCAGCAGCAGCGGCGGUGUAGAGCCACAUGCGUCGCUGCAGCGGGACGUGACGCUGAUGCGCAGCAGGUCCCGUCGGACUGGACUGCAUGGCGGCGACGACAGGUGGGCUAGCGGCUCCGACGGCGGCCAUCCUAAGAAUCCAUCGCUGGGACCGUCCUCGUCGAGCCGAAUGAUGGAAGUGCACGGGGCGCGUUCGUACACGACGCCGCACCUGACCAAGGUCGCCUCGUCGGUGGCGACAUCGGCAGCUGUUGCGGCGGCGGCUGCGCUGGUGACGCCGCUGGCGUCGGGUUCGUACUGCCAGCUCAUACAGACCCCAUCAGGGGAUGUCCGGAAGCACCCGGUGUCAACGGUUCUGGCUGCCCAUGACUCGGGUCGGAGCUUGGGUGGCCACAGCGCGGGUCACCCUGGUGAGAACGGCCGCAGCAUCCUCGGCGGGGAGAAUGGCCCCAGUGCGGUGGACUGUCUCCCAUCUCAUCUGCUCACCUACCUAACCGACAUAAUACAUACCCACAUAACCUCCGGGAUGUUGAAUGCGCUUUUUGGAGGACCUAGUCGGUAG